UGUUAUACACUUUUCUACUACAUACACAAGCUGUAUUUGAUAUCCUGGUGAUGUGCAUGCGUUCGCAGCUCUGUCUUAAAUCUUUGGCUGCUAUUUGUCUGACCAUCCUUUUGCAAUUUUGCUGCAUAGAAAUCGGUUCGACUUUCGACAAUGGACUAUUAGAUAGUCGGAAGAGGACUGUGCUGCUGAUAUCAAACCUGGCUACGUCAAUAUUUAUGAUCGCAAUCGCAUGUUUGGGAUUCUUUAUCGUGUUUAGUCAAGCAACAUUUCUGCUGCUGUUGCUGGCAAUUGGCAUUGGCUUAUUCAUAUUUAUCAAAUGCAAUAUUUGGAUACUUUAUGUGACAAUUGGAAACUCUACGGAAACAUACCCGAACUAUCAUAUUUGGUUUGCAUCAACGAUCUUGUGGGCCGUAUUGAGUCUGAUUGUACUCGUAAGAUUGUUGAUAGUACGAAAGCGUAGCUAAGAGUUUUGUGUCACAUUCAACAAACAUAUUUAUUAGAGUCCAUACCAAUG